UAGCGCGGCUUUAAAACGUGUCGCAUCUAGCUCAUUUGAAAUACGCACUGGUUCCAGCGAUCAGGUUGUCUAAGCCUUACGCUUAUAAAUUUGCUAAUUGCUCUUGAUUUCUCUCAUAAUUGAAUGUAAGUGCAUUUUCAGUCGUUGGCUCACUUUAUUUCGUUGUUUUCUCUUCCAAAAUUUCUCACUUUAAUAUAGUAAAAGUACCUUCGUGCCAGAGGUGAAUCUACUGGAGGCUUGAAGUCGCACGUAUUUUGGUCACAUGUUGAAGCAGAAAGAAGAUGUACUUCUCAUGGUUAAGCAUGUCCGGUAUAAGAAAGUAGAUGGGACCCUGUAUGUUAACUCAGGAAGAGUGGCUUGGCGUAACCAAACAUCUGAUAGUUUUCGCAUCAGUGCGAAAUUUGAAGAUAUUAGAAUACAGCGUAUUAGUCCGGACCAAAAGGAAAAAGUUCAACUCCAGUUAUUAAUGCAUAGUGGGGAGUCUUUCACUUUCCAGUUUUCGGAUCCUGGAGGCAGGGAGAAGCAGCUUGAAAUGCGUAACAACGUGAAAGCAAUGCUACAAAACUUGCUACCCAAAUUUAAAGACAAGGCUCAAGCCGAAUUAAAGGAAAAAUUUCGACUCCUCGAAUCAAACCCUGAGAUUUUGGCCUUAUACAAAGAAUUAGUUGUUAGUGGUAUACUUAGCUCAGAAGAGUUUUGGGCUCGACCAGAAUUUUCUCAUAAUAACUUUAAUUCAUCCCAGUGUAUGAAUAAUUCCACAGCUAAUAACAAAGCUUCUGGAACUACUGGGACAUCAGAAGCAGCUCCUAACAAUGCAAAUAUGUUAUCUCAUAAUAAUCCGUCAAAUGGUCCUACUAGUCAGAUUUCACGAAGUUUCCAGUUAGACGACCGGCCUCAAGUUAUUGGAGUCCCCAGUUGUCUUUUGAGCGAUAUCAAGCCUGAAGCAGAUGGUGCCAAUGGAAUAAAAUACAACCUUACUCAUGAAACAAUCAAUGCAAUAUUCCGAGCCUACCCUACUGUACGUGAUAAACAUCGAGAAAUGGUCCCUGAUAAAUUAUCUGAAGCUGACUUCUGGAUAAAGUUUUUUCAGUCUCAUUAUUUCCACCGUGACCGUGUUCACCUUCCGAAAAAUGAUAUAUUUGCUGAUUGCGCUGGUAUUGAUGAUAAACUUUUACUCAGUGAUAUACGGAAAUCAAGAGUCAACCGAAAUAAUGUCCAUCUUGAUUUACCUAAUCUUACCGAUUACGAUAUAGGACAAGGUUAUGGAAUCGAUCAAAUAUCUGGUCCGACAAAAAUAAAGUCAGCUGACUCAGUCUCGCAUCAGAGUGUAGAGAAUACAUUGAACGAACCUGCAAUCCCGAGCAAUUUAUCAGCAAAUCAGUUGUUACUUCGUCGUUUCAACAAUCAUUCGAUACUCGUUUUGAAAUCUCUUAGUUCAAAUGACGCAUCUUCAUCAACUAGUAAUGCAUCUCAAAAUCCGAAAGAUGUGCUUAACUCUUGUCCUUUAAAAGACCGCGUGUACGUUAAAGAGCUGGUAGAAGAUCAAAAUCCUACAGAAAUCCAGUUAGACCUAACUUGUGUAACUGACUAUCUGGAGGGUCCUACCCCUAGCAUAGCUGGUAAAGCUACAAAGUUAAUGGAUCCGUUAUCAGUUAUCCGGCAAACAGAUACUUCGUUUUAUGGAUUACAACUAGAGCAGUCAGUAAAGAAAUGUAAGAAUUUGAUGGUAGCUGCUUAUCACAUGGGGAAAAAACCAGGCGUAUCACUUUUAACUGCACUUGAAUCUCAACAAGCAUUAGCAGAUGUCUCACCUGGUGGUUGUCUCAUCGGUGGUAAACUUAAUAGUGAACGCACGAAACCAUGUGACUUAACUAGUGAUCAAUCAUCCUUACGUUUGUUCGAACCAGGGAGAAACAGUCGUAUUUCGAACUCUCCGAAAGUCUCUGAUGAACACCAUGCUGGUGACGAUGUCGAUCGUGGCCCGCCACUACUCACACCAGAACAGGUUAAAGAUUUGUCACUUUUAUAUUCUAGUGCCGCUGAACUCUUAAGACACUUCUGGGCAUGUUUCCCUGUAACAACCCCACAACUAGCUGAUAAGUUGGAUCGUGUUGCUGCCAGUCUCGUUCGUUUUCGUACAACCAAGGUAACCCACUUCGCCGCUGGUGUUGAUCCAUCGUUGAGGACUAAGUCAGACACAUAUUCUUCUGAUUCAUCUGAGCAUCUACCUAACACAGGAAAUCCUGGGUCUGUUUCUUACCGUUCAAGUGUGACUAGUCACCUGGAAUCGAUGCUGGACUCCGCUCAAAAGAAGUAUUCUGAAUGGAAAACUAGGCAUUCGUAAUAAUGUAGAUAUCUGUACAGAUCAAAUUUUUAAGAAUUUUGUUUGAAAGUUUCUGUCUCCAUUCCUGGUAAUUCACUACUCUAAAUAAUUAGUUUCGUGACAUCAUGCUAAACUGUAUAUAUUUACUGUUCGGAUAUUAUUUGAAAAAUUAAUUGACAUGUUUUUCGUGACGACUUUUAGAUUCCUUUGUUUUUUGGAGGUUCUUUUUAUUAACUCUGGUAAUGUGAAUGGCGAAAAUAAGUUAAGGGCAAAGUGAUCCCAUCACAACAAAAGAGUAAAUUUUGAGAUGGAAUCACUUCAGUUAAGUAUCUUCAUAUUAAAAUGAGAAGUAAUACCAAUCUCUUACUGUUUCAGAGAUUCGCAAAUUAUGUUGGGUAAGAGUUUUUAAUGUUGUUAAGUGUACUACGAUAUCUUUAGUUUAUUAAAUCAAAUAUGAAUAAAAUAUUGUUUAAAUAUCAAGGGGAUUUUGCACCUUGUAGGUGUUACGAGAAAUAACCGAUUGUCAAACUUUCUCCUUCAGACACUUUUAUUAGCGCUAACAAACAGGGUUAUCAUACUUAGGCCUUAGGGUAUAAAUAUUCAGUGUUGAAUAUCAAGAUAAGGUCAAGCAUCGAUCUAAUUUUAAUCCAUCCAUAUGGUGUUCACAUCUACAGACAGCUCGGACUAUGGAGGGUUGUUUCUUAUUAUUAUCAAGACAUUUCGUAGUGAAUAAGAUAUCUAAUUAUCUUUCUGGUCUGUAUCUACAGUUUUUAAACAAGUUUGGAUCACUAUGGGGCACAUUUGAAAGUGUGAAGAAUAAUAGUAAUCACUGAAAAUGCCCAGUUAGGUAAAGCGGAUACUUAAACUUGUUUUUACUUGCAUUUUGUGUUGCAUACCAAAUGAGAUGUAAAGAUAAUGUUAGAUGGUAGGGCUUAUCUUUAGCAAUAAAACGCUUCUGAUGAACUGGUUAUCAAUACGUUUUCCACGAUAUUUCACUGCGUACGUAUAAUUUUCUCAUCAUUUCAUUGAAAAGUUAUUCGAUAUUAAAUAAAAUUAAAAAUAUUAAGCCACCGAAAAUUGUUCAGUAAAUUGAGAUUUUGGUUUUUUGUAUGAUCCCAGCAAUUUUCACAGCGCGUUUUAAAUGUAAAAACGAACAAAAAAUCCUGAUCAAAGUCGGCUCCCCCCUUUCCGGUUGCAAGUUUUGUUAAUUGUUCUUAGUAUAUCUUACUCAAGCGGACAUGUCUCAGUUGUGGAGAAAUAUAAAUUAGACUAGUACUUGCAUUACUCAUACUUCAAUAGGGUUACCAGACAACUUAUGAGUAAACCAGAUACUGUGAAUUGUUGAAAAAUAACCAUGUCUAGAGGGAUUUCUCAUCCUACCAACCACUUGGUUUUAAAGAAAUUGGGAAUGAGUAAACUAAUAUACGCUAACUUAAAUUCUGAUCAUGAAAAUACGUCUUAAGGCAAUAGUGUUUUAGAAUGUCUUGCAUUCGACAAGCGCAGAGCGCUUCUGAAUGUUCUAAAUCCUGUUAUCGUCAUCAGCAACCUCCUUUUGUUAGUCAUUUAGCGAGUCCUUAUAGGGAAUUUAGAGAUGCUAAAGGCUUUGAGUUUGGAAUAGUAGCCUGGUUCCAAAUGUUUUUUCAGUCAGUUAAUUAUUACAAAACCAAAUCCCAAUUCUAGUGAAUCAAGUUAUUAUGGGUUUUGUUGCACAUAGAUUAGCCUCGUUGUCCACAAGAAUACAAAAUAUCAAGAUGCAAGUCUUUCCUAUGUAGUUUGCCACUUUUAACGGUCUUGGUAAUGUGGGAUCGGGUUGAUCUGAAAUAUUAGAAUAAUACUUAUCAGAUUAUGAUUUAAGUAUCUUCUACUUCAUCCUUUCGUAGAACACUGUGCUUGAUCACAUUAAAUGGCUUCGAUUGUACACGUCCCCAAAUAUUAUCGUCAAACAAGACAACCAGUGAAGCUAUCAACUGUAUUCGAUUUUGCUAAUUUUGGAAUCAAGUCGUCUUAUGAAUGAGGUCAAAGCUCCCAACUACAGACUUGUAGAUUAAAGUAAACUGCCGUUCUAAGAAUCGGGAUAAUUUUACUGAGACAAUAUCACCCUUUAGUUGGGUACGUGGAUGCUAUAUUAUCCAAUUAGUCUGUGUUGAUCCGAAGUCUUUGCUGUUGAACACAUCUCCAGAGUGAAUGUCCUCCACUCAUCGGCAUAUUUAUAGUUAAAUUAUUGGUUGUUUUGACAUCUUACCAGCAAUCGCUUUGCAUUCGUGAAGAGAUAAUAGUUCCUGACGUUAAAGUUAUUUAUUAUAUUAUUGUUAAAUUAUAUUCCACGUUUAAUCUUGUCACUGUUAAUUUAGAAUACGGG